GUGUCCUUGUACUAGAAGAGUCUGCAGAAUGAGCAUGCCAUGGAGUCAUCGAAUCCAUAAUUUACAAAAUGGCACGGGGCCAGGCGACAGGCCGGCGGUCUCCGAGGCGCGUUCCUGGUGAGGCUCGUCUCUAAAGUUUGUGUUCGCUCCAGCAACCGCAACUACCACCUCUCCACAGCACCAUGUUGAAAGGAGCCUUUUCUGCCGACGCAGAUGCGUCUCCGGACUUUGGCCCUGCCCACGAUGACCAAAUCCCCUCCUCUGAAGAAGAAGAACUGAGCCAUGACUUGUCUGAAACCGAGGCUGGCGGUAGCGGGCGCACACGACUGAACAACGGUGCGACUGCAACGGCGCAGGACAACGCCGGCACCAGCGAUGAGGAAGAGGACGACAAUGGCAUGCUGCCCCGCGACAAGCAACGGCGAACUGCCUUCUAUGACUAUACUGCAGAGAAACAGAUGAGCCACACUGAAGCCAAGCAAUUCUACCAACGGCAUCAGCUAGAGACGCAGUAUGGAGGCUCACAAGCAGGAGAGGCAUACAGCCCUGCUAUGCGCGCAAAGACAUUUCCCGCCAACUUUGGCACCACAGACAAUGUAGACUUCCAAGGCAAGGCAGAGAGCAUUCGCUCUAGGAAGAGCAACGUCACGCUCGCGAAUCAAGGGCACCGGUCCAACCUACCUAUCGGCUUGUCACACACAGAGCAGUCACAGGAUCCACGUCGACACGUGACUCAACAUGGAGCCAACACUGCAGGUACCGGCAAUGACGGCGACGCCUUUCUCCAAGCCGAUCAACAAGCCCGAUCCCAUGCGCAACACCCUGGUCUCCCACACGAAGACAAACCGCUUUUGACUGAGGAAGGUAUCCACGGCGCGGGCGCAGGUAUAGGUGUUGGCACGGGCGCAGGAGGCUUCGCCAUGAAUGAUUCCAGUAUCACCACUGAGCUUAGCUCAAUCUAUACGAAUAUCCAGAAAGUGCUAGAUCUUCGUCACAAGUACAUUCGCUUGUCUCUACAGCGCAACUUCGAUAACCCCAAAGAUGACCCCGCUUGGCGCAUCUACCCCACUCCCCCUGAACCAGUAUGGAACGACUCGUCUAAAGAGCGUCGCAAUGCGGGCAGCAGCUUGCAGAACAGCGGGAUUCUAGAGCCCAAUGAAGCCCCAAAGCCCCCUCGCAAAAUGGGAACCAACAUUGGUGAAGACUUUCAUCUGGAAGACUGCCUUCCGGUGCCAGGCCCUGGAGAGAUGUCGUUCCGUCUGGACGAGAGCGGUGUCUAUCAGGUGUAUGAGACAGCCAAAUCUGCUGAGCUCGACACGCCUAUUGUGGCAAUUCCUACAUUGCGCGAAUUUUACAUCGAUCUCGACGCCAUUCUUGAUAUAUCCUCCGAUGGACCGAGUAAAAGCUUUGCUUUCCGUCGUCUCCAAUAUCUUGAGGGCAAAUUCAACCUUUACUACCUGUUGAAUGAAUAUCAAGAAACGGCCGACACUAAAAAAGUGCCGCACAGGGACUUCUACAACGUCCGAAAGGUAGACACACACGUUCACCACUCAGCAUGCAUGAACCAAAAGCAUUUGCUGCGCUUCAUCAAGUCUAAGAUGAAGAAGUCUCCGGAUGAAGUGGUACUGUUCCGUGAUGGCAAACAUCUUACGUUAAGGGAAGUGUUCGAGUCAAUCAACUUGACCGCGUAUGAUCUGAGUAUUGAUACUCUAGAUAUGCAUGCUCACACGGAUUCGUUUCAUCGUUUCGACAAGUUCAACUUGAAGUAUAACCCGAUUGGUGAAUCACGUCUCCGAACCAUUUUCUUGAAGACAGACAACUUUGUCAAGGGCCGAUACCUGGCUGAAAUCACCAAAGAAGUCAUAUCGGAUCUCGAAGCGAGCAAGUACCAAUUUGUCGAAUGGCGCAUUUCCAUCUACGGUAGAGAUAUCGAAGAAUGGGAUAAGCUUGCGGCUUGGGUCAUUGACAAUAAGCUGUUCUCGCCCAAUGUACGAUGGCUGAUCCAAGUACCCCGUUUGUUCGAUGUGUACAAGGCUACUGGCCUCAUGGACAACUUCCAGCAAGUUAUCGUAAAUGUGUUCCAGCCUUUGUUCGAGGUCACCAAAGAUCCGUCAAGUCACCCUAAGCUUCACGUUUUCCUGCAAAGGGUCAUUGGGUUCGAUAGCGUCGACGAUGAGAGCAAAGUUGAGCGACGUGUGUACAGAAAGUUUCCGUUCCCGAACGAGUGGUCUACAAAGCAGAACCCGCCAUACAGCUACUGGAUGUACUACCUCUUCGCUAAUAUGUCGUCGCUCAACGUCUGGAGGAAGCAGCGCGGCUUCAACACUUUCCUUUUGCGCCCGCACUGUGGAGAGGCUGGCGACACGGAUCAUUUGGCUGCCGCUGUACUAUGCUGUCACAGCAUCAGCCACGGCCUCUUGCUCCGUAAAGUGCCGCUUCUCCAGUACAUUUUCUACCUUGAGCAAAUUGGUGUCGCCAUGUCGCCUCUUAGCAAUAACGCGCUGUUCUUGGCAUACGAACGCAAUCCGUUCUUGAGCUACUUUCGCCGGGGUCUCAACGUCUCGCUAUCGACAGACGAUCCUCUGCAGUUCGCUUUUACUAAAGAGCCCCUCAUUGAGGAAUACUCGGUCGCGGCGCAAAUCUACAAACUGAGUGCUGUGGAUAUGUGUGAGCUAGCCAAACAUUCUGUGGAGCAGAGCGGCUUUGAGCAUGUUGUUAAGCAGAAGUGGUUGGGUAAGAACUACCAUCUUCCUGGCGUCGCUGGCAAUGACAUGGCGAGAUCCAAUGUGCCUAGCAUUCGCGAGGCAUUCCGGCACGAAACACUUAUGGGUGAACUAGCCAUGAUCGAUCGCUAUACACGCGCCGCACAAUCUGGUAGCCACGAUCUCACGAGCUCUAACCUGCAAUCCGAAGUACCUCAAACACCAAAGUCGCUCCAAGGAACGCACCCCACCUCUCCCACGCACGCUUCUGCAGGCGGCAACCAGAUGUUUUCCAAACUACCUCCUGCUCAAGUUGCCCGCCUCAAGCCUUCGACCUCGACAACCGACAUGGGUAGUCUGCACGGCCAGCCAGCCUCGCCUUCGGGCACUAAAGACGGUGGCAGCUCCAGCAUAACUGUCAACCCCAGCACUCUCUCAGUCGCUCAGCCGACAGAAGCAUACGAGGAGCCUGACCAGGGUCUGACGCGCUCAACGAGCACUGUCACGCUAGACGGAGAACCUAGGUUGUUCCCUGGUAUCGUCAGCAGUAGGAGUAGGAGACGGAGCACCAGGAAUAGUCAGGCUGAAGACGGAGAUAUGACAAGUUCGCGCUCGAGGCUCCGAGCGGGAGAUGCGGAGAGCGUCAUGGAGGAGAGGGACACUGAUGAUGAGGAUUAGAACCGUUCCUGGUUUGCUGGGCGCUGUGUAUGUUUAAUGAUAGAAUGAGGACUACGAAUUGUACAUGGUCUUAUCAAUGACCCGGAAAUCUAGUCUGUAUUAUGAUGCUCAUGAUCCUUGCUAUAUACACAGGGCGAAAGUAGAAUGGCUGACAUGCUCG